GUCCGGUCCUUAGGCCUUUCUGUUUUCCUAAACUGUUAAUUGCGUUUUUGCGUCCCCUCCUUUUGCCACACAUUCUUCUUUUAAGCGUGUAAUUCUCACGGCUCCGGGCAAAGAUCCGUUCAUAUCCUCGACCCGCUUUAAUUCCCCGGACUGCUGGACAGUUGUUUUACUUAGAUUCUCCUCGCGAGUUCGCGUGUUCUGAGCUAUCAUGGCAACAUCUACCACUUCGACGAAUAAAACCCUUAGACCUCAAGAAAUUGAGGUCAAGAACGGCAAUGGGGUAGCUCCAGGCCCAAUGUCGCCGCAUUCGUGGCGGCAUGGAGCUGUUGCCAUUCCUUCGAGGAAGCCGACGGGGAGUGUGGACAUGGAGGACUACUUUGUCGGCCCCCGUGACAUGUCCAAGCACUCGAAAUGGCCCUUCUUCCUUCGCAUGCACGGUUCCGUGCUCCCCAAGAUGAUCCUCCCUUUGACCAUCGUAGCCGCCUGGUCUACUCUUAUCACCAUUAUUUCUGAGAAAAAGUACGAGCUCAAGAUCAGCAGCAUGCUGUUGACAGUUCUUGGUUUCGUCGUCGGUCUUGCCAUUUCAUUCCGUACCUCAUCUGCCUAUGAACGGUAUGCUGAGGGCAGGAAGUAUUGGUCGCAAUUGAUCUUCGUGGGCCAGAAUUUGGCAAGGACGAUUUGGAUCCAUACGAAUGAGCGGGAGGGAGAUGAGGGCAAGGAUGAUUUGCUUGCGAAACUCACUGCCAUGAACCUCAUCGUCGCCUUCGCCACCGCCCUCAAACACAAGCUUCGCUUCGAACCUGGCAUCGACUACCCCGACAUGAAAGAAUUGGUCGAAUACAUGGACACCUUCGCACGCGCCGCUGAGCCCGAGAUCCCCCAAGUCAAAGAAUCCGGCAAGAUGAAGGCAAUAGGCGAAUUCCUCGGCGUUUCGUUCGCGGAAUCCAAUCCCCGCAAGCGCAUCAAGCGCUCCAAGAAGCCGCUCGGAAACCUGCCGCUCGAGAUCUUGAAUCAUUUGUCUGCUUACGUUAAUUGCAUUAUUGAGAAUGAUACCUGUAAAGUCGUGCUCUAUCAAAGUCAAGCCAUCACAUCAAUCGUCCAACUAAACGAAGUCCUCAUUGGCGUAGAACGGGUCCUCCAAACCCCCCUGCCCAUUGCUUACUCCAUCGCUAUCUCGCAGAUAACCUGGGUAUACGUAAUGAUGCUCCCGUUCCAACUCUGGGAAGAUCUCCGCUGGGUCACCAUCCCCGGCUGCAUCUUCGCCGCCUACAUCAUCCUCGGCAUCGCUGCCAUUGGCCGCGAAAUUGAAAACCCAUUCGGCAUGGACGUCAACGAUCUCCCACUCGAAGCGUAUUGCGAUGAGCUGGCUAACGAUAUUAACAUCAUUACGAGCAACCCUGCGCCUAAGCCCGCAGACUUCAUGCGAACGAAUGCAAACAUGCCGAUGUGGCCGUUGAGCCAGAGCGGAUAUGAGAGUUGGCGAAUGAGGAGUAAGCAGGAGAUUCGGGAUGCGCUGAUGACGAAGACGAAGGCAGACAUGACGGUUAGGAGGAGUAUGAAUCCAGAAAGAGGCACGAGGAGCACGGAUGAGAAGCAUCAUGCCACGUUGAACACACAGGACGCUUAGGCGCGAAGUUGCUCAUGACACCUCUGAUUCGUUCUACCGGGAAAGAGGGGUGAUGUCUGCAUUCGCAAAGCUCUGAUCGAUCCGACGGUUUUCUGGUCUCCGGAGUUCUACGUCCGUACUGUACUUGUUGGUGGAUGGGCCGGCUGCAUAGCGCGCGUGUGUUUUGCGGGGUUUGUUUUUGUCUGUUUGCAUUGCUUAUUUUCCAUUAUACCAUCCAUGAUGCACAUUCCCUGUGGUUCGCUUCUGUUCGCCCUACCAAACGGCACAGAGUAACCCUAGAUGUAUACCAGUAGCCCCUUGUAAAAGUUUCAAUAAAUCUUCUUCUAUCGAAAUCCCGGCCAUGGAUUCCUCGCAACACUGUACCCUACUUAUAUUCGCUUCACCAUUGGUCCAGGUCCAGAUCCAGAAACAUUUGAUUCUUGUUCUAGUGGAAUAUAUAU